GUGCUUCUGGGGAUGUCCCACUUUGUGCCGAGGCUUUUAGGUGAUAACGGAAUGGCUACCUACCUACUUCAUCGCGGCACCGCAAUCAACAUAGCCGACAAGACGGCAAUACUGCCCUCUACAGAGCGGUUUGACUGGAUAUUGACGUGACAAUUUUCCGGGGGUAUUCUCGAUUGGUGCCGAUGUGGUACGUUCACUCAUUAGCCGUGGUGCUAAUACUCGAGUCAAGGACAACGAUGGGCAAUCGCUAUUGUACCAUGCGUACAAGGAGGGGCUUGGGUCAAUUGCUCUGCUGCUGCUCCGACCCCCUCUUAUUGCGAGUGACACCGUGUAGCCCCGCAGGUACCCAAUGGAAGCAGCGAAAAUCACACGGACGAUUGAAAUACGACGCGGAGUACCUACAGGCCUUUGAGGAUGGGUCCUCCAAAGUUGUAGCCGGGGCUGGAUAUCCUUCAAUCCCCAUUCACUUUAAAAGCUUUCAGUUCAGUUCAGCCCUAGCUCCCACCCCUCCACAUAAAUACCCCUUCUUCCCUUUACCAGUACCACUCAGGAAUUUCCCCUCCCUCCACUACGACCCCUUCAAACAUCUUCCAUCACACAUCACACAUCAACACCGCAAAGAACCAAAAAUCAAGAUGAACCAUCACCACCUCCACACGUACCCACACGCGGUCGCUGCAGCCGGCAGUACGGGCGAUACACCCAACACCAUCAGCGACUUCCGCAACCUUCUGUUCACGAACCCACAGUCGAAAUUUGUCGUACUAGUCGUCGGCGUACUCUCGUUCUUCCAGACAAUAUACCUAGUGUACUUGGUCUGCACAUGUCUCAGCAUACUCAAGCGUCGAGAUAUGGCCCCCUGCGAGGACUGCGAUCUGUGUGCGGAAUGUGGUCGCGCUACUCUGAAAAUGUUUGAGUGGGAGGGCGCGAAGAAGAAGAAGCUGGCGUAGACACCCGGCGGACAGUGUUCGACACACCUACCUAGUCUGGUCCGUCCGUCCGUCCGUCCUGGGCCGAGGACCAGACUGCACUGAACUGCACUGGACUGGACUGUAUGUUGGCGGGCCAUCCGGUCCGGACUGCUGCCCUGACCGG